GGACUAGCCAUGAUACAGGAAGUGAAGAGGAACGACUGUAGCAGCAAGAGGAAGUUAGUUAUCUGUCAGUUAAAUACAGUAAUAAAUAAUCGAUCGGGAUUCCGAUCACCGUCCCUGGUUUGAUUGCAGGCUCGAUCAGGAGACACAACACUUGCUGACACCAAGCACUGAGCCGGAAAUGAGCUCCGUGCGGAAACGUCGAGGUUCCGAUUUACGCGGGACAAAACAAACCAGCACCUCAAGUGGUUUGAAGGAGAAUGUGCCACAGAAGAAAAGACAGUGCUUCCACUUUGACCUGUGGUUCUGUCUAACUCUGCAGAACUGGAUACUGGACUUUGGAAGGCCUAUUGUCAUGAUCAUACUUCCUCUGGAAUGGUUUCCGCUGAACAAGCCCAGUGCUGGAGACUAUUUCCACAUGGCCUACAAUGUUAUAACGCCAUUCCUCAUGCUCAAGCUGAUUGAGCGCAGUCCCCGUGCACUCCCUCGCUCGACUGUCUACCUCUGCAUCAUCACGUUUGUCAUGGGAGCCAGCAUCCACCUGGUUGGAGACUCUAUUAAUCACCGGCUCAUCCUAAGUGGCUACCAGCUCCACCUGUCAGUCAGAGAAAACCCUAUCAUCAAAGACCUGAAACCGACUUCACUGAUCGACUCUUUUGAGCUGUUGUAUUAUUACGACGAACAGUUGGGACAUUUGAUGUGGUAUAUUCCUUUCUUCAUCAUACUGUUCAUCUACUUCAGCGGCUGCUUCACCGAGUCAGACCAACAAAAAAAGUUGCCCAUAUCUGGUUGGCUGUUGCUGGGACCUAGCGCUCUCUACUACUGGUACUUGGUUACUGAGGGACAAAUCACUGAACUUUUCCUCCUCACCUUCGUUGCCAUGGUUGCCAUGGUGAUUUAUCAACAGCAAAAAGGCCUCAGCCCUGACAGCAACGGCUUAUUCCUGCUCUGUAGCUUCAGUGUUACGGUGCUCCUAGUGGCACUGUGGGUGGUCUAUCUAUGGAAUGACCCAGUGCUACGGAACAAGUAUCCUGGACUCAUGUAUGUGCCAGAGCCCUGGUCCUAUUACACGUUACAUAUCAAGAACAACCACUGACCCGCACAUGCUCUAGAUCUGCAUUACUUUGAGUCUGAGAAAAAAACCCAAAAAAAAAGCAUUCCCCAUGCCUCCCUGUCAUGUUUUUAUGAACCAACGGAUGCAUCUCUUCGUUUUCCAGCCAGAUGUCCUGUGACUGAGGCGCUGUUUGAAAUUUGGUGAAAAUUAUUUCUGUGCAACAACAGCCUCACUGUCUGGCAUAUGGUGCUGCUGGCGUCAGACUGGAAUUUUUGUCCUUUUCUUCUAUUUCUGUGCUAAUACAAGUGGGAGUUGUGUUUGUCUCAUUUUGCAAAUGUGCAUCUAGAUUUGCAAAACUUGUCUGGAUAUGGUGAAUAAGAACCAAGAUUAUGAUGCUGUGGGCCUUCCCUCUGCUUUACCUCACACUUGUGCAUUACACUCACACACUCUAUCCAUGGCUUGGGUUUUUUUUGUAAAAAAAUCAUGCCCCUCUUCAUGCCCCUCACAGCUUUUGUGAAUCUUUGUGAAUUUGAGGCAUUUGCAAGGUCUAAAAUUCAAUAUUCUCACAUUAAGUGCAGUUGAGUGGUAUAAAACGCCUCAUCUACAGGUUUCUGCCUCAGGUGUAUAUUAAAUGAUCAAUCACAACACAAUAAAGUAUUGAAUAAAUAUAAAAUAUUAACUGAAUCUAAAAAUACACCUCAUUAACACACACACACACACUGUUUUACACUGUCUUGAUUAAAAUAAUCUACUUUGAAUGAAUCAGAAUGGUGUCCUAACUACCUACUCAUAGUUGUUGUGUAACCCUAACACAAACAUAACAGCAGUAGUUGCAAUUUGAUACAAUAUAUGGCAAUCUUGUACUGUGCCAUUUGAUACAACAUUGCCUAUAUUAUAUGGCAAUCUUGUAUCAAAUUGCAACUGAUUAAUAAUUGGUCUUAUUGUGGGCAAUGAAAGGGAAAGGACAAAGCAGCACUGAGGAUCUUGUAUCAGUGUUUCCACAGCAACACAUAUAAAAUUACUGCAUGGACUUUAAACCGAGGCGGGGGAGCGGGUGACGCAGGUUACAGACAAGGAACUGACAAGGAACUGCAUCGAUGGUGAGCACUGGAACCUUUUACUCAGAAAUGAACAUUUAAAAAAAGUUUUUGUCUUGCUUUUUAGAAAAUAAGACAAGGUGAUCCUUUAAUUACCCUUACCUGAGAAGUGUUGCCAUGUUUAUGUCACAUUGCAGGCUAAAUUCUUCACACCGGUUGAAAUCAAUGAGUACAAGGAGUGUUUCUCCUUGUAUGACAAGAAGCAAAAGGGCAAGAUUGACGCCAAAGAUCUGAUCACAGUCAUGCGCUGCCUUGGUACAAGUCCCACAUUCAGUGAAAUUGCAAGACACCUUCAAGUUCACAAGAUUGGUAAA